CGUUCCGGGGACAAGGGCUCGCGCCCUGGCUGCGCGCUGGUUGGCCCGGCCAUCGGGCCGCUGAUUGGUCUGAGGGACCAGCUCACGUGGUCGGGCUCUGAUAAACUGCGUCCCGGCCCCCGGCGGUCAGUCGGUCAGUCGGCGGGCUGGACCGCGGCGCUGCAUCCUCUAGGUGCUGGGUGCGAAGCUGAGCUGGGUGCGGCUGUCGCGGUCGCCGCUGCCUCUCGGUCCAAUGAGCUGCACCAGAAUGAUCCAUGUGCUGGACCCCCGUCCUUUGACAAGUUCAGUCAUGCCAAUGGAUGUGGCCAUGAGGAUUUGCUUGGCUCAUUCUCCACCCCUGAAGAGUUUCCUGGGUCCUUACAACGACUUUCAACGAAGAAAUUUUGUGAAUAAAUUGAAGCCUUUGAAACCGUGUCUCAAUGUCAAGCAGGAAGCCAAAUCACAGAAUGAAUGGAAGGCCCCGCGCGACCAAGCCAAGAAGCGGGUUGUGUUUGCCGACUCCAAGGGGCUGUCGCUCACUGCUAUCCACGUCUUCUCUGACCUCCCAGAAGACCCUGCGUGGGACCUGCAGUUUGAUCUCUUGGACCUUAACGAUAUCUCCUCCAGCUUAAAACUUCAUGAGGAGAAAAAUCUGGUUUUUGACUUCCCCCAGCCUUCAUCUGAUUACUUGAGUUUCCGGGACCGCUUUCAGAAGAACUUGGUUUGCCUAGAGAACUGCUCUCUGCAAGAGCGGACAGUGACUGGGACAGUCAAAGUGAAAAAUGUCAGCUUUGAGAAGAAGGUUCAGGUCCGGAUCACCUUUGACACCUGGAAGACCUACACAGAUGUGGACUGUGUGUACAUGAAGAAUGUCUACAGCAGCUCAGACAGUGACACCUUCUCCUUUGCCAUCGACUUACCCCGCGUCAUUCCAACCGAGGAGAAAAUUGAGUUUUGCAUUUCUUACCACGCUAAUGGGAGGGUCUUCUGGGACAACAACGAGGGGCAGAAUUAUAGAAUUGUCCAUGUGCAGUGGAAACCUGAUGGGGUGCAGACACAGAUGGCACCCCAAGACUGUGCAUUCCAACAGGCGCCGCCUAAGACUGAGUUAGAACCCACAGUCUUUGGCAGUCCGAGGCUUGCUAGUGGCCUCUUCCCAGAGUGGCAGAGCUGGGGGAGAAUGGAUAACUUGGCCUCCUAUCGAUGAGUUAGACAGCCUGUGGACUGGCUUUGUCUGAUCAUAAUCCUCAUUCGAUUCUAGGUCUGUAUUGCUCAAUAUUAGGAAGUCUUAGUUACUUUCCUUCAGUAGGUUUAGGUAUGAGCUCUUGGGGCCUGGCUAUAGAUAAUAUAGCCACUUGAGAAUUUAGUGUUGGGGGUCUAUGAGGGUGGUGCCACCCAGUCUUGUUUUGGAGGCUCAAGUAACAGCCUGGGAACUAGUUUUAUAAAAGUAACACCUUUUGGGGGGGUGCAUUUCCCACUUCCCUUUCAGUUCACUAGCUUUCACUUUGGACAAGGAAAGGUAUAAGGGCAGUUGAUGGUGAUGGAAUGCUGUGGUAAGGGUGUGAGGAAUGUGAAGUAUACAUGCUGAGGGAUCUGAGGCUCACGUCAGAGGGGGAGCAGGGGGCCUGAUAUUUAACCAUUGGUGGGAAACAUGAAGUUAUCUUGUGUUUCAAAGUGGGUUUUACAGGUUUCUCUUGAGGAAAUAGCUCAAAGAGGGGAAAGAAUUCCAUUCUAUGUAUUCUUGCAUAGAAAAAUAAAGGGUGUUGGAUGGUCCUGGGGGAAGAUGAACUAUAGUUCUGAAGAAUCAGGAUCUUGAGGGCUAGAGAUAUAGCUUAGUUGGUAGGGUGCUUGCCUAGCAUGCAUGAAGCCCUUGGGUUCCAGGUCCAGCACCAUAAAACUGGGGAUGACAACACAUGCCUCUAAUCCCAUAUGAUAGGGUGGAGGCAGGAGGAUCAGAAAUUCAAGUUCAUCCUUUGCACAUAGAAAGUUGGAGGCCAGCCUGGGCUAUACAAGACCCUGUCUCAAAGAAAAUGAUGAAGACACCAAGAUUUUACGUAAAUCCUUUCAGUUUAAACAUAGACAAUAAGAAACCAUGUUUGGGGGAGUGUUGAAGCAAAUCCAGCAUUGCAGUCUUAAUCUGAUAAGUGACUUGUGAUCAAGGCAUCAUUCUUGGGUUCUUGGUACAGAAUGCUGCCUGACAUCAGUCAUGCUGUCACCAGUGGCUAGCAGUAUGUAGAGACUCCACAUCAUGUCAAAGACAGCUCUUUCAGUGCCUUGAUUAAACCAGAACACUGUAGCUGUUUCAACCGGUUACCCGAAUGGCCAUCUAAGAACUCAUGAGUUUCGCUGGUGUUCUCCUAAAAUACUGGUGUAUUUCCGGGAGUGCUGUCAGAGUACACAACUCACAUCCUUCAUAUUGAAGGUGACUCAUCUUUCUGCCACACUUUUUUGAUGUGAAGUUUGAAGUGGGGACUGAUACUAGAGUCUCAGUGCAAGAAUCCAGUACCUCGCACAUCAAAGUAGCGGUCUGUCUCAUGCCUAUUUUUGUCUUGCUGUUUUAAUUUCAAGUCAAAAUGCUUUUUAAGAAGUAGAUAUGAAUCAUUUUGAAUGUGAACUCUUGUGUGUGUGCAUAAAUCCACUUUGUGAGAUCCCGAGGGCGGGUGUCCUGGGAUGGUUUGCUGUUACUAUUGUGCAUGUCCUUUGAGGGGUGUUAAGAGAGUGCAGUGAAUUUUGACAUAUGUGAUCUGCCAUGCUGGAAAAACACUAUUGGAAUAACUCCACUCUGACCGUAUUUGAGGUUUGGCUGGCAUCCAUAAGUUCUCUGCUGUAAAUAUCUACAUGGUCCCUCAUGAGCCUCUCACUUUAAGAAUAAAUGUGCUUGGUAGAAGA